ACUAUAUUGUAGGUAUAUAAACGGUUUUUCUUUAUUUCACUACGUCGUUGUCGUCGUCGUAUAAGUGUACCGCGUCCGACCCGUCGUCGUCGUAUAUUAACUGCGUUUAGUGCAUUAUUUUAUUUUUUUUUUUUGUGAAUUUAUGUCAUUGAAAAUAAGUUGUUUUUAGUUUUUACAAGCAUUGAAAAAAUGGCCACAUAUUCUGUUGUUCAUUUUUUUGGAGAUAAUAGUGUAGCAGCCGUUCCAAGAUUUUGGUAUUCAGAUAAAAAAAGUACUUGCGCAUGGCCAAAAAAACCUCACAAUACCAAAAAAUUGAUCGAGCAAUGUAGCAUACCCAACAAAAUUGAAUAUGAGUAUUUAGAAGCAAGAGUAAUGAGCUCAGGAAUAGAAUCUUUAGCAGCUGCAAAACAAAAAGCUAAAAAAGCCAUGUACAUUUCCGAUCUUGAUGAAGAUGAAAUUAAACCUAAGACUAAAAAACUUAAAACAUCAAUUGAUUGCCCCGUUUUUUCAGAAAAUUAUAUUGCUCCUGAAAAUCUGUCCGAAAAUUCUCUACAUUUACCUGGAAGUAAUAUAAAGAAAUGUGAAACUGUAGUCAGUCAACCUUUUGCUGCUUCAAAGCAGCCUUUAAUUGAUAAGUCACCUGUUUCAAUUAGUGGUUGGUCACCAUCACCUCUAAAAGCUGCUGCUAAAGACCACAUAAAAAAUGCAUCUACGGAUAAAAUAUCAUUAAAAACAAUCGAUUCAUGUACUAAAAAAGUUAUCUCCACUACAGUUUCAAGAAAACUUGAAUUUGGUGAUUAUAAAGACAAACCAUGUAAAUAUUACAACAAAAAAAUAAAUUUUGACAUGCUGUCAGAUGAAGAAUCUUUUGGAACACCAAUUAUGAAAAAUAAAGUUUCUCCAUUUAUAAACAAAGUUACACAUAAUAAUGAACAAACAUUAAAGUCCAAUACCAAUGACCGAAAAAAAAGUUGUACACCAUUACAAACAAUUGAUAGCGGUUCUCGAAUCUGUAGUAAUUCGGCAGUUGAUAAUGGUACUCAAAAAAUAUUGAAGUCUAUAUUAAAAAAUAUGGUAUACAUUCAAACUGACAUUAAACAUCUAAGUAUGCAACAAAAAGAAAUUCUAUCUAAACUAGAUAGUACAUCAAUGUUAAAAAACAGUAUUAAGUGUUCAUCUAACAAUGAAUUCUUAGACAACUUCAACUGGCCAAUAAAUGAACUUGAAUAUCUUGAAGUUAUCGAAGAAAAAAUAAAAGAUCAAGAUAUGCGUGACUAUUUGGUAAAUGACUUGUCACAUUUGGGAGGAAAUUCUAUAAAAGCUAUUAUAAAGAGAAUAGUUUAUAAAUUAUUUACUGAUGUCUUACUAUCCAAUUUUUCAUUUACUGGCAAAAAGGGGAAACAGAAGUUUUGUAAACUAAAUUUAUGUUCUGUUAUUUUUGAUGCUGUUAAAAAUCAAACCAAGGUGAAGAAUGUCGACCAAAAUGAAAUGGAGGAACGAUUGAAAUACCAUUUAGCACAAGCUCCGUUUAAUGUAAAAAGAUUAAAUGAUAAAAUUAGUGAAAGUGUAUAAUUAAUGGUUAAUAAGUAUUUUAUAUUGUAAUAAUUUUAUUAUAUAUAUGAAUAAAAUUAAUAUAUAAUAAAUUGUUCAUACAUCAAAGUAAUAAAAUUGUAUAUUUCUAAAUUAAA